AUGAAGCCAGAGUUAAGGACCCGUUCCUCUCUGAAAGAGAUUCAAGGAAUACCAUUGUUAGAGCCAAUUGUGACAAACUGGGACAGAGUUGAGAAAUUCAAAGCAUUCCCAGAGGACUUGCUAAUUGCCACAUAUCCAAAAGCAGGAACCACAUGAACCCAGGAGAUAGUGGAUCUGAUCCUCAAUCACGGGGACUCAGAGCUGGCCAAACGUGCACCGACACAUGUUCGAAUGCCCUUUCUAGAGAUGACGAAUCCAACUCUCUCUGGGAUUACACAGUUGGAGAAGAUGGGACCACCCCGUGUCAUCAAGACUCAUCUUCCCAUCCAGCUUGUUCCUAAAACAUUCUGGGACGCAGGCUGUAAGAUCAUCUACGUGGCACGCAACACUAAGGACAACGUGGUGUCAUAUUUUCAUUUUGAUCGGAUAAAUUUAAUUCACCCUGAGCCCGGGCCAUGGCCACAGUAUCUGCACAAGUUCAUGAAAGGACAGUUGGGGUGGGGCUCCUGGUACGAGCAUGUGAAAGGCUACUGGAGGGAAAGAGAAAACAAACCAAUCCUCUACCUUUUCUUUGAGGACAUGAAGAAGGACCCUGCUACGGAGAUUCGUCGCAUAUCUGAAUUCCUGGGACAGAUCACAUCAGAUCAGCUGAUUGACAACAUCAUGCAAAUGACGACCUUUGCAGCCAUCGAGAACCCCAUGGCCAACUACUCUACAAUACCAGAGACCAUCUUCGAUCGUCAGUCAUCAGAGUUCUUAAGGAAGGGAGAAGUCGGUGACUGGAAGAACCAUUUUAGUUCACAGGAAAACAAAGCGUUUGAAGAACAUUACAACACAAUGAUGGCUGAUGUUGACAUUCCAUUUUGUUUCUCAGUUUAAUUAAGCAAUAAGCCCCAAGAGGCCGUGUUUUGCGCUGAUUUUAGAACAGAUAAGGGGAGUUGCCG